GAAAAAUUUUGAUGGAAGCGAACGGCUACUGUGAUCUUUUUCGAAUCCGGGUUUCGCUGGGAUUGCAAAGCCUUUAUACUUAAAACGUAAGCUGUUCUCGUAUAAGUGGAAUUAUUGUAAUUGUCAUGCUAUAAAAUCAUAUACCGGAAACAUUCCGUCUCAUUGGUUGCGUCGUUGUGUUUACGUAGCAGCUUCUUCUGCAAUCACAAUUUGUUUUAGUAACAAACUUCAAAAAAAUAAAUAAAACAAAACAUCAAUGCGCAUCAAGCUGGUGGUCCUAAGAUCUCGCGUACCAGUGAUAAGCACGUCUGGGAGCUGUUCGCUCAUAAAACCGGAUCGGUUAGUUGAUUAGUUAGUUGUAUUCUAUCGCUUGAUUUCAAAGCAUAUUUUUUCGAACUAAUAUGCGACUAAUAGUAUUUAUAGUGUGUGUAACUCCCCGGCUUCUGAAUUUCACCGAAGCAUAUUUUGGAUUUCCGCUGAUCACCAAGCCAAAGGAAAUAUGGUACGAAUUGUUCUUAGAGUCAAGCCAUCAGCUAGAAGGUGCACCGGUGUUUCCCGGUGAUCAAUGCGAUCGGGUCUGUAGCACUGAUGAAAUACCUCGAGUUUGUUAUUAUCAAUGGAAGCUAGAAAGUUAUGCAACAAUGGGAUCAGCUUGCUGGGACUGCAAGCGUGGGAAUCGGACCCACUGUUUUCAUCCACAAUGCAUCACAGGAAACGGAAUGGAGCGAGGAAUGGUGUCCAUAAAUCGCAAAAUGCCGGGUCCUUCGAUCUUCGUUUGUCGCAACGACACGAUUGUGGUUGACGUAACCAACAGCAUGGAAGGCCUUUCAUCCACAAUCCACUGGCAUGGGUUUCACCAGCAGGAAACUCCCUGGAUGGAUGGUGUUCCAAUGGUUACGCAGUGUCCGAUUCCACCUGGAACCACUUUCCGGUAUGCUUUCCAAGCACGGGAAGUUGGUACCCAGUGGUAUCAUUCCCAUGCGGGCUAUCAGAAAGCUAACGGCCAUAUUGGAGUGGCCGUCGUUAGGAAUCCCAAUGAUAUAAACAGGAAUCUGUACGAUUGGGACCUAUCGGAGCACGUGAUGAUCAUUUCCGACUGGACAUUGGACUCGGUGGAACGAUGGGUGCCGGGUUUGCAAAGCUCUCAAAUGCAGGUGGAUUCCAUACUGGUGAAUGGACGCGGUAGGUACAAACACAUAGAUUACGUUCCACUGACAGUUUUCAGAGUACGGCCAGGAUAUCGGUACCGUUUUCGGCUCAUCAGUGCCGGCAGUCAGUACUGCCCAUUUCAACUACAGAUAGAACAGCACCGGAUGAUGAUUAUUUCAACGGACGGAGGUGCAGUGAAGGCUAAAAUUGUGGAUACGCUAAUUUCGAUAUCAGGAGAACGGUACGAUUUCGUUGUACUUGCGGAUAAACCUGAAGGCAAUUACUGGGUUCGAGUACGCGGUAUCGGGUUUUGCAACAAAAUGCGAAUCGAGGGAUUUGCCGUCCUGUCAUACGCCGAUCCCAGUAUUCCGACGGAAGAUCUCAUGUAUCCGGUGGACGAUCCGCCAAAUUAUGAUGAUGUAUUUCCACUGGGAAAAACGUUGAACCACCACAGCGCACGUUGCUACACACCAUUCGAUAACGAUACCUGUGCCGCGGACCUGGAAACUCAUGAAGUUUACCGAGACCAAGCACUAAUUGAGGCAACCCCUGAUCAACGGUUGUACUUCGGGUUCGACGUAGUUGAAACCAACAACAGUCUGUUGUUCUCCCAACAGAGAUUCGUUCAUUUUACCACUGUUAGAGAUGCUUUCAACGUUAUCGGAGUUACGAACAACAUCAGCUACACUUCACCCAGUUUUCCAUUGUUGAUUCAACCGGAACUCAUUACCGACGAGCGCCGGCUGUUCUGUAACGAUACGCACCUACCAGCCAAGUGCGACACUCACCAAAUUUGCUUUUGCACGCACAAAGUAAAGGUUAACCUGAAUGACAUCGUUGAGGUGGUCUUGUUUGAUACUGCACUUUAUACUCAGGAUUUCUAUCAUCCGUACCACAUCCACGGGUACCGGUUCAUCGUCACCGAUAUGGGCCGACUGCCGGAGGAAGCGCUGGAUCGCCGGCUGGACUACUUGAGGGAGAAUAAAUUCACCCGCAAACCGAACAGCCACAACCCACCGUACAAGGACACGAUAUCGAUUCCAAACGAGGGCUUUGUGCGGACACGUUUCAGGGCAAAAAAUCCCGGAUUCUGGUUAAUACAUUGUCAUUUCGAGUGGCACAUGGCCACCGGUAUGGGUUUGAUUCUACAGGUCGGCGAGCUGAAUCAAAUGCCAAAAGCGCCGGUAGAUUUCCCUCGCUGUGGGAAUUUCAAAAUGAAAUUGAGUGGACUGGAUUAAUGAUGACAGGCGACAUCAGCAUGCUUCGUGAUUUGCUACGAACUACGGCUUCGUAAAAACCUCCAUACAAUUAAGUACGGUCUGUGAUAGUAGACGAAAUGAACAAGGUGUGCGGUGGCGAAGGAAAUUUUCGCUUCGAUGUAUGUUUGUGUGUCAGUACUGAUUCGUUGCUAACAGAAAUAGAAGCCGACUAUUAUUUUAUAUUGCAUCGUCAGUUUAGAUUGGAUUAGAAAAUUUUAGGUCAAUUGAUGAUUGAUUUUUUAAUGCAUUUUGGCAUAGACACAAAAUCUUGUUUUGCAGAGUGUAUCCUAAAAAUCAGUAAAGCUAUGGAGAAUCUAGGAUCCCUAAACUGAAAAAACGUAAAUAGUCGACAUUAUCGUGUAGUUUAGAAGUAUCUUACAAAAAGGGAAAUAAAUUGGCAGAAAUGUUUUGGUGAAGUAAUAUUGUAAUAUUUAGCAAAAUUAGACUAAUUAUAAACACUAAUGGAAAAAAGUGAAAAUAAACAGAAUAUUGCCAAAUUACGCUUGCAAAUUUUCAGGUAACAGACUCAAGAUACUUAGGUAGUUGUAUCAAAUUUAUUAGUGAUUAGAAUAGUGUUUGAUUUCAUUUUUUUUUUCUUGGUACAAAGAUUACAUGUCGUUUGAAUUCAAUGCGAUUUAUAACGAAAUCUGUAGAUUUUGAUAAAUAUUUCAUUUUUCGUAUUUAUUUUCGUAAGUCUUGAAACGUAUGAAGUAAAUGUAAUUAUAUGAAUUUAACUAAGACCGUUUCAAGCUGUAGUGAUAGAGAAGUAAUUAGAAAGAUAUUUUGGACAGACUGUAAACGAAUUUGUUCAUGAGUUCUCAAAUAAUUAAUGGUUAAGCUUGAAACUUUUCCCUAUGUCCGAAUGCCCGCACAGUUUUCCUCGUACUUCUCAAAGAAUCAAUGUUUUGUACAAAUAUAAAACCAAUAGUAACAGAAGGUCUGUGUAAUUCAUCGUUGAUAAUUUCUCCGUCGAUGGCGCUCGUUAUGAUUUUACCACAUCCACAGAUCACCUGCCAGACAAGAAGCGAUUCUGGCGAGUCUGAACACCACCCU